AUGGGCCACCGCAAUCAACAAUCCCCCGAUGUCUCUAACCGAGACGUGGAUAUCGAUGUCGAGAUCCUUGGCCGACAAAGGCCGCCUGCUUUUCCUUCACUGUGGUCUGAACUCGGAUUCUGCUUUGCACUGCUCGGGUCCAUCUUGAUGGCUGAAUUCUUUGUGAGCGGCUUCCACAUCGUGCUUCCUCCUCUGGUCGACGAACUCGAUAUCCCACGAACCUCCCAGACUUGGCCGUCCAGCGUAUUUUCUCUCAUCACCGGCGCUUUCCUCCUUCCUUUCGGUCGGCUCGGAGAUAUGUACGGGGGUUAUCUUGUGUUCAACAUUGGUCUGGCGUGGGUUGCCGUCUGGUCGCUCAUCGCAGGCUUUAGCCGAAACUACAUGAUGCUCAUAUUCUGUCGUGCCCUCCAAGGGUUCGGAUCAGCAGCAUUUCUCCCCGGUGGAAUCAUGAUCCUCGGAAAGAUUUACCGGCCCGGGCCUCGCAAGAACCUCGUGUUCGCCCUUUACGGCGCCUUCGCCCCCCUCGGACUUUUCAUUGGGAUCCUUAUGGGUGGCAUAGCUGCCCAGUUCCUUACGUGGAGCUGGUACUUUUGGUUCGGCACCAUCUUUCUCACCAUCAUCCUUGCCGUCUCAUGCUUGACAGUCCCCUUUGAUCUCCACGACAAGCGACCAGGAGAUAUACGUAUGGAUUGGUGGGGCGUUGGGACGAUCGUGCCAGGCUUGCUCUUGGUCAUUUACGCCAUCACCGACAGCUCCCACGCUCCUCAGGGGUGGGCGAGCCCUCAGAUCAUCGUCACCCUGGUGCUAGGCGUCGCGCUACUUGUCGCAGCCUACUUUGUCGAGGGACGCGUCGCCACCAAUCCGUUGCUUCCGAGCGACCUGUUUGCUCCGAAGUACAUGAAGAGGCUAGUGGCGGCUCUCUUUCUCUCCUAUGGAACUUUUGGGAUUUUCCUCUUCUACUCAAGCUUUUACAUUGAGUUGGUUCUGCAUGUGUCACCAUUACUCACAGCUGUCUGGUAUAUCCCCAUGAUCGUUGGCGGACUCAUUAUCGGGACGGUCGGCGGCUUCACUUUGCACCACCUCCCUGGCCGGGUAUUGUUAGUGAUCUCGGGCGCGUCGUUUCUGGCUUGUGUCUUGUUCUUCGCGCUCAUGCCAGAGGAUCCCAAUUACUGGGCCUUCAUCUUCCCCGCAAUGAUCUGCGCAACAGUCGGGAUCGACAUCACGUACACGGUCAGCAACAUCUUCAUUACAAACAACCUUCCCGGAUACCGUCAGGGCCUCGCUGGAGCCUUGAUCAACAGCUUGCUUUUCUUGGGUAUCAGCUUCUUCCUGGGAAUUGCAGACAUCGUAGUUGGAGAAACCGGACACCUUGGUCUGCGGAAAAGCUACCAAGCUGCCUUCUGGCUGGGAGUUGGGCUGACAGGCUGCGCCUUGGUCUUGUAUGUAUUUGUCAAGAUUGGGUCUGCCAAGAGCGACCUCACUGUCGAAGAGAGGGAGCAGUUGGAGGCCGAGGCGCGACGGGUUCGAGAUAUGGAAUUGGAGGAUGGAACAUCUGGUCUGUAG